CACAGCCAUCUUUUAACUUCAACAUAAUCACCUUCACAUUCUCUUUCUCUCUCUCCCUCAUGGUUUUUGGACCGUUAAUAAUACCCUAAUCAAAUCUCUCUCCAAAAUUUCUCUUGAUUCUCUUUCCGGGUCACGAUAUUUCUAAAAAAUUCAAACUUUCCUGCAAUUCCCCUUGUUUUCUCUUCUGGGUUUCUCUCAGAUUUCUCAAAAUGGGCAAAAAUCAAGCUUACAAAGCUAUGCAAAGAUCCAGGCUUGGCUCCAGCUCUGCUGGUCCUGAAGAGAUCGAAGAUGGGAUGGUGGAUGGUUCUUUUCAUUCACCAGAGUGGCAUGCUGCUCGUUUGGCCAGCCUUAAUAAAUCUCACACAGUAACCUGGGAAGAGUUCAAGAAAAAGCAGAAGGAGGAUGAAAUGAGAAACGGGGAGCUAGAAGCAGAUAAGGACAGAAUGAUGCGGGAGUACCGAGCUCAAUUGGAUGCUGAAAGGGCACACAAACUUGCUCAUGGCCGGAAUCACUCUGGUAGCAAAUCUAGUCAUAAAAAGGAUAGAAAGGACAGGGAUUUAAAGAAACGCAGAAGUAAAAAAAGAAAGCAUUCCAGGCGGAGAUCUGAUGAUUCUAGCUCCUCCAGUUCAUCUUCGGAUUCUUCAAGUAGUGAAGACGAGAGAGAAUUGAAAAGAUCAAAGUCCAAGUCUAGAAAAACAAAGGAAAAGAAGCACAAGUCAAGACCCAAACACUCCAGUAGUGAUGAUGAAGAGGCUGGUGGACCUGUGCCACUUUCUAGAUUUUUUGGAAGCUUGAAGAACUAAUGGCAGAUGUCUCUUAUUAUAAGAGGAUAUCAAUAAUAGCCUUGGUUCUUUCUUGCAAUUUUUUCCAGAAAUUUGCUGAGCAAAUAUGUAUCCAAUUGCACCUUCCUUUGCAUGUCACUGAGCUUGUGAUGUUAUUAGUUUGAUUCCAAAUUUUCGCUUAAAAAUAUCAGUUCCAUCGUUUUUUCAGAAUAUUAUGGUACACUAUUUGGCAAGUAUGUGAGCUGUAUCAUAUUAGUUGGAGCAGCGACGCAAUAAAUCUGAACCAAGAAAUUGAGUUUAUGCUAUAA